CUUCUCUUCUCAAGUGUUUGAAACAUGCCAAUAUUGUACUGCUUUAUGACAUUAUCCAGACCAAGGAGACACUAAUAUUUGUCUUUGAGUACAUGUUCUCUUCUUUGAUUUACCACACAGAUCUAGCAUAAUACAUGUGCUGUCAUCCUGGGGGACUUCAUUCCUUCAACAUUAUGCUCUUCAUGUUCCAGCUUUUGCAUGGCCUGGCUUACAUCCACCAGCAACACGUUCUUCACCGUGAUCUCAAACCCCAGAACUUGCUCAUCAGUUGCCUUGGUGAGCUCAAAUUAGCUGACUUUGGCCUUGCUCAUGCCCAGUCCAUCCCCAGACAGGCAUACUCCUCUGAAGUGGUGACACUCUGGUAUCAUCCUCCUGAUGUGUUGCUUGGAGCUACAGGUUAUUCUUCUGAUAUAGGUAUCUGGAGUGAAGGCUGUAUAUUCGUUGAAAGGAUCCAGAGUCAGCCAAUAUUUGCAGGAACUUCUGGUACUCGUGAACAGCUGGAGAAGAUCUGGGUGGUAUUGGGGGUCCCAACUGAGGACACCUGGCCAGGACUUUCCAAGCUCCCCAACUAUAACCCAGAACAGGUUGCUUCCAGGAGACCUCAGAGACUCUGAGUCAUCUGUGACAGGCUGAGCAGGGUGCCAGCAGGGGAGAAUUUGGCCUCCAGGAUGCUUACAGCCUUCCCUCGAGGCCAAAUCUCCACACAAGAUGCAUUUCUUCAUGACUUCUUCAUCCCUUUACCCCCUCAGCUCUGUCAGCAUCCUGCUGCACAGUCAGUGCUCACAGUUCCAGGAGUGAGACUGCAACCUGAAAUCUGUGACCUGUUUGCUUCUUACCAAAAAGGCCAUCUCUCAGGAGGUUUGAGCAAGUUUUGGUAG